ACUGUCAGUUUGCAGCACAUCUGUUCAUCAUGGCUAAGGGGUUCUUUGUCAGCAAGGCAGUUGGGAUCACCGGGAUCGUGCUGGCCGCCGGAGCUGUGGCCACCAUCAUCGCUCUCUCUGUCGUUUACGAUCAAGAGAAAUCCAGAAACAAAGAUCUAGAGGUGAAACCCACUGUAGCAACGACAACCACCACAACAGCCCAGCCAACCACACCAGCAUCCAACGAACCCUGGGACAAAUUUCGUCUCCCUGAUACUCUUAUCCCAGAGUCUUACGAUAUCACCUUAUACCCACGUCUCGAACCAAACACUGAAGGCCUCUACAUCUUCACGGGAUCCUCCAGCGUGGUGUUCCGUUGCGUGAAGGAGACGAAUCUGAUCCUGAUUCACGCCCACAGGCUGAACAUAACCGCCGAAGUCACACUGACUGCGCUCAGCGGCGCUCCUGCACCCGCAAUCAGAGACAGGCAAACCAUCAGCAAAACCCAGUAUCUUGUUUUUCACUUGAGUGAGAACUUAAAAGUUGAAGAGAUGUACAAACUCCACACCAGCUUCCAAGGGGAACUCGCUGAUGAUCUGGGAGGAUUUUACAGGAGCGAAUACGUGGAGAGCGGAGUCAAGUAUGUGGUGGCCACGACCCAGAUGCAGCCUACAGAUGCACGGAAAGCGUUCCCUUGUUUCGAUGAACCUGCAAUGAAAGCUGAUUUCAACAUCACGCUGCUGCAUGAACCAGGAACCAUCGCUCUGUCCAACGGCCAGCAAAUUGACUCGGUUCAAAUUCAGGAAGGUGGUGUGACGCUCAAUAAAACCACAUUUGAAACUAUCAAGAAAAUGUCGACGUACCUGGUGGCGUUUAUUGUCAGUAAUUUUAAGGACAUUGGCAAAAUGGAAGGCGAUCGUUUGAUUCGUAUUUUUGCUCGUAAGGAGGCCAUCGAUGCAGGCCACGGAGAUUACGCACUGAACAUCACUGGCAAGAUCCUGAACUUCUUCGAAAGAUAUUACAACGUGUCCUACCCGCUUUCCAAAUCAGAUCAGGUGGCUCUGCCGGACUUUAACGCUGGUGCCAUGGAGAACUGGGGUUUGAUCACCUACAGAGAAACAGCUCUGCUCUACGACAGCGCGGUUUCCUCUACAGGGAAUAAAGAGCGAGUCGCCACCGUCGUCGCUCACGAACUCGCACACAUGUGGUUUGGGAAUCUCGUAACCAUUAAAUGGUGGAACGAUCUCUGGCUGAACGAAGGUUUCGCCUCCUACGUGGAAUAUCUCGGAGCUGAUGAAGCUGAGCCUGACUGGAACAUCAAAGACCUGAUCGUGUUGAACGACGUGCACAGGGUUUUCGCCGUGGACGCUUUGUCCACGUCCCACCCGCUGUCCUCCAAAGAAGACGAAAUCCUGAGACCUGAGCAGAUCAGCGAGGUGUUCGAUGCCAUCUCCUACAGCAAGGGGGCGUCAGUGUUGAGGAUGCUCUCGAAUUUCCUCAGUGAAGCUGUUUUUGUGGAUGGUAUCAAUAGCUACCUCAUGGCCUUUAAGUUUCAAAACACGGUAUACACAGACCUUUGGCAUCAUCUCCAGCAGGCUGUAAACAAAUCCGGAACCAGUCUCCCGACAAGUGUUAGUGACAUCAUGGACCGCUGGGUUCUUCAGAUGGGUUUCCCAGUGGUGACGAUUGACACGACGACGGGAACGCUAACUCAGCAGCACUUCCUCCUGGAUCCUGAUUCUGCCGUGAACCAACCGUCUCCAUUCAACUACGAAUGGAUUGUGCCUAUUCAGUGGAUGAAAAGCGAUGCUCAACAAAACAUCUUCUGGCUGGAGAGCAAAACCGAUACAAAUAAUGAGAUGAUUAUCACGGGUUCUGAUUGUCUGGUGGCCAACCUCAACGUCUCGGGGUACUACAGAGUGAACUACGACAUGGGGAACUGGAACAGACUGCUGCAGAAACUCAACAACACACACCAGAGCAUUCCCGUCAUUAACCGAGCCCAGAUCAUAGACGAUGCUUUCAAUCUUGCAAGGGCGGGUAUUACUGGGACCACGCUGGCUCUGGACACCACGCGGUAUCUAUCACUGGAGAGGGAGUACAUGCCCUGGGAGUCGGCUCUCGACAACCUCGACUAUUUCUACCUUAUGUUCGAUCGAUCGGACACUUACGGCCUCCUGCAGGAUUACAUUAAACAACAGGUGGAGCCGCUUUACACGUAUUUUAAGGGCAUCACAGUUGACUUUACCAAAAUCCCCGAUGGUCACAUGGACCAGUAUAAUGAGGUGAAUGCUCUGCGCAUGGCCUGUGGCUCUGGACUGGCAGAAUGCAACAGUAUGGUUAUGAAAUGGUUUGAUGAUUGGAGGACUAACCCCAGCCUCAACCCGAUUCACCCCAACCUGAGGUCGACCGUGUACUGCCGAGCCAUCGCUUUAGGGGGCGCCACAGAGUGGGACUUUGCCUGGUCCAUGUUUCAGAACUCCACCAUCGCCACAGAGGCCGAUAAACUGAGAGCCGCCAUGGCGUGCAGUACCACACCCUGGAUCCUCAACCGGUAUCUGCAGUACACACUGGAUCCGUUAAAGAUCCGUAAACAGGACGCGACGUCUACGAUCGUCUAUGUGGCGAAUAACGUGGUGGGUCAGCCGCUGGCCUGGGACUUCAUCAGGGCAAACUGGGAGUACAUCUACAGAGAGUAUGGCGGCGGAUCGUUCUCAUUCGCUAAUUUAAUCAACGGGGUCACCAAACGCUUCUCUACUGAGUUCGAUCUUCAACAGUUGGAGCAGUUCAGGAAGGAUAAUGAACACAUCGGCUUCGGCUCCGGCUCCAUGGCCAUCGAGCAGUCCAUCGAGAGGACGAGGGCCAACAUCAAGUGGCUCGAGAAGAACAAAGAAGUGGUGAAGGAGUGGCUGAAGAGUGCGAUUACAAAAUAAACACAUUCUCUCUCUCACACACACACACACACACACACAUACACGGGUAAAUGAGACCAACUGAUAUAUUUAUUUGCCACAUGCUGAUAUUUCCCAGAAGUCUUUUUUAUCCAGCGGAUAAAAUCAUUAUCAUUAAUUGUUUUAUUUUAAAUAUUUUACAGUAAUUGCUUUUGUAUUAAAUGAUGUUUUUAAAUCUUAUAUUUGUUAUGCGUUUGAAAAAAAAUAAAACAAUUGUUUUCCUUUUUAAA